AUGGAGCACAGUUUUCUUGACCGCGUGAGGCAGGCUUGGGAUUCCGCAGACGACUCGCCGGAACCACUGCCUCUGCCAAUCCUGAGCUCAGAAGAUUCUGGGCCACGGCCGCUCCCUUUCUAUCCCAAGCUCGGAGAGCCCUCACGGGACAGCCCGGAACUGCUUUCCAGGCCUCCCUGGCGGCUGCACUGGGUCUACCCGCAAAACGGACUCUUUCCCGUAGCGCAGAGCACCGUGGAAACAAGUUCAGCCUCGCUCGCUCAGGUCUUUCGGCCAGGGACACAGACGCCACGGGCACCUGCAGGAGAGGUGGUCCCAGCGGAGGAACCCGGUAGAAGCAGGCUGCAGCAAUUUCCCCCGAACUGGCCCGCUGGCCCCGGCGACAGACAGCUGGACACCGAGACUUCUGACAGGGGAACUUCGGAGCGACGCCGCUCUCCCGCCUCGGCUCGGUGGUGCCACUGCCCCAAAUUCGCAGGCUGCCGGGAAUGGCUUCGUCGCGUGAUGUUGUCGAUGUCCGGAGGCGUUUUCGCUCCUAGCACUGCGCCACAACCCGCGGAAGCGCAGCGCCCGCGUCGCACCGUCAGGCGCUCCGUGUCAGCGUUUUGUCCGUCGAGGCUCCCCGAUCCGCGCACCGAGCCGGAGAGCCGGAUGUGUCCAGGCUCCUGGAUGGCUAUUUCCUCUGUGAAGGCACUUGCUGGGACCCAGCAACGCAAGGUGCAGAGGAGAGGGUUUGCGGUCGCAGGUCCCACAGCAAGUGCCUUCACAGAGGAAAUAGCCAUCCAGGAGCCUGGACACAUCCGGCUCUGCAAAAAGAGCGGCGCUGCCACCAAGGAGAUGCCACCGGCUAGGCUUCGGCAAUCCUAG